AUGCACCCUUUUAGUAGCAAUGUUAAAGCUAGAUGUGCCAUUAUGCACUUAAGAAAGUUUGCUUCAACAUGGUGGCGAAUGGAGGAAGAAAAACUCCAGGUUAGCAUAGACACCAUUUCUUGGGAAUUAUUUUUAGAAAGCUUUAAAGAUAGAUUCAUGUCAGAUCAAUGGAGACAAGGUAGAGCAGAAGAACUCCAUCACCUAAAGCAAAACAACAUGUUGGUUGAAGAUUAUGAGCGAAAGUUCUAUGAACUUAAGCCCUUCUCAGGUUACAAGGAGGAUGGACCUAUGUUGGUGCAACAUUUUAUUAGGGGAUUCAAUGGCCAUAUUUUUGGGGAUGUAGCGGUCUUUGAACCAAAGAGUCUUCGAGAUGCAAUAGCCAAAGCCUUUCUAGUGGAGAGGAAUGUUAAUUUGAGUUUAGGAGGCCAUUCCGACAAUCGAGGAGGACAUUUCUCACACAAGAAAAAGUCCCAGAAUUACAAUCAGAGUGGUAGAAAAUUUCAAUACCAACAAAAUCAUGGUAAUUCUCGCACCCAGCAGAAGUAUACCCCUCAACCAUCCCAAAAUUCUCAGAACAUUAAUAAAGGGAGUUACCAGCAAUCGAGUGCACCAUCUACAAGAAAUUUUGUGAGAAACACGGGUUGUUAUUCUUGCGGGCAGCAUGGGCAUAUUGCAGUACAUUGUCCUCAACGCACCAAGUCCCUCGCAAACCAGAAUCAGGCAGCCUCCGAACCCAUAGUAGGAAAUGCAAGCCAGUCCCAUAGAAUAUUUGCCGAAAUAGAGCAAAAGCAAACUGAUCACCAAGGCACAAUUAUUGAAACCACAAGUUCGUUAAAGGGUAAAACUAUAUCUAUUUUAUUUGAUUCUGGAGCAAUUGAUUCCUUCAUAUCUCCAUCCUUAGUAGAAAAGUGUGGGCUAGUGGCAAAAGGGCAAGGAGUUAAGUGGAGGCAUGAGAUAUCAACAAUAAUAGUUGAAGUUGAUUUGAAGAGUAAGAUACUUAAUGCACUCCCAUUAGAUGACUGGUAUCAAGAGGUCCGAUCAGAGAUUGCUUCAGGCAGAACGCUAGAAGGUAGAUAUACUGGAUAUACAAUGGAUAUUGAUGGUCUUCUUAGGUGUAUGGGACGUAUUUAUGUUCCACCCUCUGAUGGACUUUGA